UGGAGGUACGACUUGUCUAUUGCUCUGAAUCUUAAAAUUGCUUGAAGACGCUUGGAAAGUUCAUGAAGAGAUUUUGAGAUAUUUGACAGCUGUAAUGGUCUACAAUGGGCACUGAAGAGGCAGAAUCAGAAGUUACAACAAUGAAGGAGCCUGGACCAGUGGAAAACGAGACCGAAUCUUCCAUGGAUCCCCCACAAACUCCUGAAAACACAGACCCUCUCAACACUUAUAAAUGGCACACUGGAUCGAAAGGAGGGUCUGAGGAGUUGAAGGAAGCAGGUGCAGGGCCCUCUCCAUCUUCUACACUCGAUAAACUCCACAAGGCAUCCACAAACAAAUGGAAAACUAUGCAGAACUGGAGAAAAGCACUGAGCGAAGACCCAGGAGACAAGGCGGCAACUAGCAAAGGAGCAGAAGGGUCUAAGGAUCCAUCCAAAUCUCACGGGGGAGGGAGAAAGAAUCCAUUCAGAAGAGCCUUGUCUGAGCCUCCUGGAGUGCUGUUCUCGACCCUGGUUCAGUCUGGCAGCUCUUCUCAGGCCACCACUCCCUCCUCCUUCACUGUUACUGAAGCUGAGGCCUCUGGGGGGUCACCCAGCACUGACCCUGGCCAGAAGGGGGCAGCAGGAGGAGGGGCACUGUUAAAGAAGUACCUGCGCACGGUGUCCCAGAAACUAAAGAGGCCCAGACUACAAAGCCGGAGCAGCAACCCCGCCAUACGCACAGAUGUGGUAGAUGUGGAGCCUGCCCUCUCAGAGCUGCCAGGCCUGUCAUGGAUGCCUCAUCAGGAGGUGCCACUCUGGGACAUCAGCAACUGUGUCCUGGAACAUGGACAAAUCCUCAUUGCACAAGAGGAGGAGCCGACGAUGUGGACCCGCAAUCGUGUCAGCAGCUGCCUGUCCAACCUCAGUAUGCAGAACCUGGUUGAUAUCGAAAAAGAAUGCAGCCCUGACCAUGUGGUUGGACCUCGACCCAAGAACCAAGAUGGCGGUGUACGGGCCCUGAUUAAGAGACGUCUGGAGCAUAAAGCUAAGAGGAACAGUGCAACACAGUCUCUGGGGCUGCUCAAAGGAAACAGGCUCUAUGGCUCCAGUAACUCCAUCUCCAUCUCAGUAUUGCCCAGUCUGGACCUCAGUACAGACACCAGUACAGUGAUCAGACCCGUCCAUAGCUCUAUACUGGGGGAGAAGUACUGUUUUGAGGUGAUAAAUUCUGAAAAUACCCACUGCUUCGGAUGCACUUCAUUAUCUGAACGUGACCGCUGGAUUGAAGAGCUUCGACGGGCCGCACAGCCAAAUAAGGACAACAUCGAGCGCAUAGAGAACUCCCUCAGUCUGUGGGUGAAUGAGGCCAAGGAUCUGCUCCCAAAGAAGCGUUACUACUGUGAGGUGCACCUGGACGGGACCCUCUUUGCCCGCACCAGUAGCCGCGCUGUCGGAAAGCCCUCGAACCGCUCCAGUCUGGCAGGAGAGGGUUCUACGGGAUCCACAAGCGUCCUUAACUCCAGUGGAGGCGUGACUGCAGGAUGUCAAAUAUUCUGGGGUGAAUUUUUUGAGCUUGACAACCUCCCUUCCAUCUCCCAAAUCACGCUGCACCUUUUCCGUGACGAAGACCCUAAAAAGAAGCGUCAUUCCCGGGAUGAGUCCACCAUACAGCCCCUGGGCAGCGUCAACAUAGCUUUGGCUGAGAUCCGAGGCAGGAGCUAUCAGGAAAAGUGGUAUCCCAUAGUGCCAUAUAAACCAUCAGGAACAGCUAAAGAAGUGUUGGGACCACAAGCUUCACUUAGAAUUAAGGGGCGUUUCCAGAAUCUGAAGGUGUUGCCAAUGGAAAAGUAUAAAGAGUUUGCAGAGUAUGUGACUCUGGACUAUGUGGAGAUGUGCACCAAACUGGAGCCUCUGUUGAAUGUCAAGGAGAAAGAGGAGCUGGCAGGAGCGCUGGUCCAUGUGCUUCAGAGUAUUGGGAAAGCAAAGGAGUUCCUGAUUGACCUGGGCUGUGCUGAGGUGGAGCGACUCAGAGAGAAUGAAGCAUUGAUCUUCAGAGAAAAUACUCUGGCCACCAAAGCCAUUGAUGAAUACAUGAAGCUGGUUGGACAAAAGUACCUCAUUGACACAUUAGGGGACUUCAUCAUGCGUCUGUAUUCUUCUGUGGAAAAUUGUGAAGUCGACCCUAAGAAAUGCCCCGCAUCUGAUUUAGCAAACAACCAGAAGCAGCUAAAAGACACAUGUGAGGAGGUGGUGCAGAAGAUCAUUGGGACUCAUGGAACUUUUCCUGAAGAACUGAACAAGAUCUUCUCGAGUUGGAUGGAGUUGUGUGAGGACCACAGCAAACCAGAGAUCGGACAAAGGCUGAUUUCUGCCUCUCUGUUCCUGCGGUUCCUCUGUCCCGCCAUCCUCAGCCCCUCUCUGUUCAAUCUGGCACAACCUUACCCAGAAGCAAGCACCCUACGAACUCUCACCCUAACAGCCAAAGUCAUCCAGAACCUUGCUAACUUCACUCUAUUUGGAGAGAAGGAGGAGUACAUGCUCUUUAUGAAUGACUUCUUGGAACAGCAUUGGGACGGUAUGAGAGGUUUUUUGCAAACCGUGUCUAACCCAGACACUGAAAUCCCCAUGACUUCAUUUGACGGUUAUGUGGACCUACCCCUUCGCCUGGCUGUGUUGCAUGGCUUGCUGGUCGACAUCAUCUAUCAGAGGGACCAGGAAACUACAGACAAACUGCACCCACUGCCUUCAAUCCUCAACCAGAUCACAGAGUCUCUGGGACCUGAAGCCCCUCGUAUCAUGGUCAGCAGCCAAGCAGGUCAAAUAAAGCCAACUUAUGUGCCACCGAAGGACUUGGGUAAAUACAGCCCUCUUCAGUCGUCAAUGCAGCAGCUUCCCCUUGAGACCAAAGGCACACGAGAUGGGGGCCGGAGAAGUUUUAAAGAGCGGAGACCAGUCCAUCGAACCCAGAGUGCCCCACACCAGGGACACAAAAAGUACACCAAGAAGAGGCAAACCAGCACGGAAAACCUUCCUACUGCCGAUGACCACCAGGAGCAAGCAGAGCCAACUAUCAACCAACCACACAUCACCUUGCCACAAAAUAAUGAAAGUAUCAAACCUGCGAACGUCCCUUGGAUCAAAAUUAACCAAAACAGAGAGUCGAGUGAAAUCAAGACAGAGACUGAAGAAUUCAAUAUGUUGGACAGGCACACACAGGAGCUGUCAGAGCUGCGUCUUGGGAUUGAACAAGUGACAGAGAGAGAGCUGGACAUGGCCAAACGAUUAGAGGACUUCAUCAAUCAGAACCAGGACCAGAAUGCGCUGCUGCAAGAACAAAACGCAGUGCUCCAGGCAGAAGUCAACGAUCUGCGCAAUCUCCUGUCCAUGACAGAGGAGCAGCUUGCCAGUGCCACCUUCAGGUUGGGUGUGAUUGAAGAGGAGAGGGAGGAGGAUGAGAGGAGGCUCAGUGUGGCUAUGGCAGCAGCUGAACGAGUGAAUGUAUUGGAGGAGCAGGUUGCAGGGCUCCAGAAGCAUCUGAGUGAAGCCUACAGCAAUCAGAACAACAUUCAGAGACCACAUGUCCACAACAACUGAAUUCAAGAGAAACAUUAAGUGUUAUGAGUUAUAACUUGUGUUGAAUGUCAAUAUAUAUUUUU